AUCACCAGCUUGGAACAGACAGCGCUCCCGCCCAUUUUUGUUUACAAGUGGAGAGUGGUGAGUGGUGAGCGAGUAUUGAGUGGAGUGAGUAACAGUUAUUAGCACAGUAUGAGUAAGAAGGACGGUGGUGAGUGCACGGAGAAGGUGAAGAGGUACAUGGAGCAGCAGAACAGACCGUACAGUGUGAAUGACGUGUUCAUGAACCUGCACAAGGAGGUGGGCAAGACGGCGGUACAGAAGGCCUUGGAUCACCUGACAGCAGAAGGAUCAGUGCGAGAGAAGACAUAUGGCAAGCAAAAAGUGUAUGUGUUCAGCCAAGACCAGUUUCCUCCCCUGGAUGAGACUCAGCUGCAGGAAAUGGACAGAAAGACUGCAGAACUCGGUGCCACCUUAAAGGAGAAGGAGAAACAGCUGUGUGAAGCAGACACUCAGCUCAGGCAGCUGCUCUCCACACCCACCACGCAGGAAGCACACGCCAAGGCUACACAGAUAAAGGAAGAAGUAACCCGCCUGCAGCAGAAGCUAAAGGACCUGACGGAGAACCGCGUCCUGGUGUCCAAGGAGGAGCGAGACAAAGUGGUGAAGGAGAGCGACGCCAUGACGAGGCAGUGGCGCAAGAGGAGGAGGAUGGCGAUGGACAUUCUGGACGCUAUAUUGGAGGGUUACCCACACCCCAAGGCACAGCUGUAUGAGGAGAUAGGCAUCGAGACGGACCAGGAAGCGGGGGUUACCUUGCCCAAAGUUUGAAGGAGGCCAUGACGGAGGUGUUGUUGUUGUUAUUGUUUCCAUAGUAUUUUUGGAGCUUGAUUAUUUUCUUUUCUCAUUUUUCUAUGUAUUGAGAGAGAGAGAGAGAGAGAGAGAGAGAGAGAGAGAGAGAGAGAGAGAGAGAGUACUACCAGAGACCUCCACGAUUUGCCAUUUGUCACAACUGAUAAGCCAUUUUAUUUACGUAGUGUCAUGAAAAUUUAUAGUUGUUAUGUUUUUCUAUUAAGGUUAUUGAUUUGUAAAAUGGCAGCAUCAUUCAUUAUAUGGAGAUUCCUUAUAGUGAGUUGUUUUCUUUGUCUCCACAUUGCCAUGAUACAAAGAAAGGGUGGUCUGAGAGAGAGAGAGAGAGAGAAAUAUCCAUUUGUCAUUUUUUCUUUAAUUGUAACUAUAUUAUUUACCCACAAUGCUUUAUCUGCCAUGACAUUCACUGGCUUCUUUCUCGUCAUGUUUUUAUUUACUUACUCAUUUACGUACCUCGCUUGUUUCUGUCUACCUGUCAUAUUCUUUUCAGUCAUUUUACACUGAUCAUGUCUCCGCAUUUUUUCGUCUUUCCUGCAGUUUUGAGUAAAUAUAACUUCACUAAUCUCUCAUCAUAGCUAAUGUCACUGUGUGUGUGUGUGUGUGUGUGUGUGUGUGUGUGUGUGUGUGUGUGUGUGUGUGUGUGUGUGUGUGUGUGUGUGUGUGUGUGUGUGUUGCCAUGCGCCUUGACUUUGGUGCCCGUCACUUCAGAGCAACACGUGUCUUGCAAUUUGGCCUUGAGAUAAUCGGCAGGUGUUAAUUGAGUGUUUUGAGGCAGUGGCUUUUUUCACGCUGACUAAGAACUCGAGUCCACCAAGAGGUUAUCUUCUAUUUCACCAGACAAAGACUUCACUGGCCGUUGUCGUCUAAUUAAGAGGAAAAAAAGGAAAAGAAAAAUCUAGAAUCAGAACUUAAUAUUCAUAACAUUGUCACCACGUCAGUCAGUGUGUGUGUGUGUGUGUGUGUGUGUGUGUGUGAUUCACAGUUAAUAUGCAUACAAAGGUCAAUGUAUAUUGACAUUGUUAUAUUAGUCGAAAUCACAUGGAGGUAAAUUUAUUUUGAUUCGAUUUUGUAAUAAACUUAUUUUAUA